CAAAAGGCUUUUUCAGCUGCCAUCGUAAUAGAUAUAAUAAAUAAAAUUCGAUAAACUAUAGAUACAUUAGGAGGUAUAGAUGGUUCUGACAAAUUUGACUUUAAAACUAACUCUUAACUCAGUAUCAUAUUAACUAUAAAAUUUAUUGCAGGGGUAGGGGAUUUGGGCGGCCGUGUGGCGGAGCCGAGGAGCACGUCGCUGCGUCAGGACUCAGGACGGGAGAAUAAAGAGUAAACAAACCCAUCCGCGCUGCAACAGUGCGGUGUUUGUGAAUGCAAAAUCUAGCCAGACAGCUGAGGAAGGGUGAAAGCCUCCUUGUUCCUGUAGACUGCAGUGCGAGGAGGAGGCCGCCGCAUCCUCCCCUUCCAAACCACUCCACUCCGGUCCCCAUCCCACCUGCGCCAGCUUCGUCUUGCUUUGAGCUUUCGCCCGCCGGCGAUCUGCUAGCUAUCUCGCUCGCACGUGGUGCCUGACUGCCUGGUGGCGGUGGCCAUGGCUGCCCCGCUGGGCUUUUUCUGCAUGCUGCUGCUUCUUCUUCUUCAGCUGGGCCACUCUUCUUGUAACAAUGUGUACAUUGUGUACAUGGGGGCGAGGAAUCCCGAGCUGCACCCGGCGCUGGUCCGGGACGCGCACCACGGCAUGCUCGCCGGCCUUCUCGGCAGCGAGCAGGCGGCCAAGGACGCCAUCCUUUACAGCUACAGGCACGGCUUCUCCGGGUUCGCCGCCGUGCUGACGGACAGCCAGGCGGCGCGGCUCGCCGGUUCGCCUGGGGUUGUGCGAGUGGUGCGGAACCGUGUUCUUGACCUGCACACCACCAGGAGCUGGGACUUCAUGCGAGUGGAUCCAUCGCAUUCGGCUGGAAUCCUCCCAGAGAGUAGGUUCGGUGAGGAUUCCAUUAUCGGUGUGCUAGACACUGGAAUCUGGCCAGAGUCGGCCAGUUUUAGAGACGACGGCAUGAGCGAGGCUCCGCGGCGGUGGAAAGGGCAAUGCGUCGCCGGGGACAGGUUCAAUGUUUCCAACUGCAACAGGAAAAUAAUAGGCGCGAAGUGGUACAUCAAAGGGUACGAAGCCGAGUACGGGAAGAUGAACACCACCGACAUCUACGAGUUCAUGUCCGCGAGAGACGCCGUCGGGCAUGGCACGCACACAGCCUCCACCGCCGCUGGUGCUCUGGUAGCCGGUGCAAGCUUCAGGGGACUCGCCGGUGGCGUCGCAAGGGGAGGGGCACCCAGGGCGAGGCUCGCGGUCUACAAAGUGUGCUGGGCCACCGGAGACUGCACUUCGGCAGAUAUCCUCGCUGCCUUCGACGACGCGAUACAUGAUGGCGUUGACGUGCUUUCGGUGUCCCUAGGCCAAGCGCCACCGCUCCCCGCGUACGUUGACGACGUCCUGUCCAUUGGGUCCUUUCAUGCUGUCGCGAGAGGGAUUGUCGUGGUCUGCUCCGCAGGAAAUUCUGGGCCUUAUUCAGAGACGGUGAUCAACUCGGCGCCGUGGCUCGUGACCGUCGCUGCUGGCACCAUUGAUAGGACUUUCCUCGCAAAGAUCAUCCUUGGCAACAAUAGCACCUAUGUGGGUCAAACACUGUACUCUGGAAAGCAUCCUGGGAAUAGCAUGCGCAUAUUCUAUGCUGAAGACGUUGCAUCUAAUAACGCAGACGAUACAGAUGCAAGAAGCUGCACUGCAGGAUCUCUGAACUCGACUCUAGUGAAGGGAACUGUGGUACUUUGCUUCCAAACAAGGGCACAGAGAUCAGCUGCAGUGGCAGUGGAGACUGUCAAGAAAGCUCGUGGCGUCGGAGUCAUCUUCGCCCAGUUCUUAACUAAGGACAUCGCGUCUUCAUUCGAUAUUCCCUGUUUUCAAGUAGACUACCAGGUUGGAACAGCUAUACUCGCAUACACCACUAGCACGAGAAAUCCAACAGUCCAGUUUGGCUCAGCAAAAACGAUUCUUGGAGAACUGAUGGGCCCAGAAGUUGCAUAUUUCUCAUCUCGGGGUCCAAGUUCUCUGUCCCCCGCUGUUCUGAAGCCAGACAUUGCUGCUCCAGGUGUCAACAUUUUGGCAGCAUGGACUCCUGCUGCUGCCAUAUCAUCAGCCAUUGGAUCUGUGAAGUUCAAGAUCGAUUCGGGAACCUCGAUGUCCUGUCCCCACAUCUCAGGAGUUGUUGCUCUCCUCAAAUCAAUGCAUCCCAAUUGGAGUCCUGCUGCAGUAAAAUCAGCACUUGUUACAACAGUGUCCAUGACACAUAUGGGUUUGAGAUUGUAUCCGAGGCGGCGCCCUACAAUCAGGCGAACCCAUUUGAUUACGGAGGCGGGCAUGUGGAUCCAAACAGCGCUGCACACCCCGGUCUUGUGUAUGACAUGGGGACAUCUGACUAUGUGCGCUUCCUUUGCUCCAUGGGCUACAACGUCUCAGCCAUCAGCUCCCUGGCUCAACAGCAUGAGACCUGUCAGCACACACCAAAGACGCAGCUGAACCUGAACCUGCCAUCCAUCAGUAUUCCCGAACUGAGGGGCAGGCUCACUGUGUCAAGAACGGUCACCAACGUUGGCUCAGCCUUGACGAAGUACAGAGCUCGUGUGGAAGCUCCUCCAGGAGUGGAUGUCACCGUGAGCCCCUCACUCCUGACCUUCAACUCGACGGUGAGAAAGUUGACGUUCAAGGUGACAUUCCAGGCCAAACUGAAGGUGCAAGGGAGAUACUACUUCGGCAGCUUGACAUGGGAAGAUGGCGUGCACGCCGUGAGGAUCCCUCUUGUGGUUCGGACGAUGAUCAGUAAGUUCUAUGCCAAUUCAUGAGCUGGUGGGUGUUUGUGUGUACUGUGUACUAACUUUCGCUCACCACCGGUGACGGUGGGACAGAUAAGAUGUAACCUGCUAAUUUGUCCCAAUUCUAAUGGCAUUGGUGAUUGGUUGGGGUUCC